GAUUGGGCGGAACCUGCCGUCGUUCGGCCCGCCGGAGAAAGGAGUCCCCUGGCCGCGGUCGCGCUCAGGCGCGGGGGCGCGCAACCGAGAGGGAGAGAGAUUGGCGGUCGGUUAAGCGCCGCUUGGAGCUUCGCCUCCUUUCCCGAGACCGGCGCCGGCGGUGUGGAGGUAGGAACCGACCGCGGAGGAGAAGGAGGAGCCAGAGCCCCAGCCCACGCCACUCCAUCUGCGGCGCUGGGGAAGAGCUGCUCGGCGUCAGUCUCCCACGAUCCUGCCCCUUCGCUCGGAGAGCACGAUGCCCGGGAUCGUGCGGUGACACCCGGAGCUUUGCGCUCCCCUACCCGGCAGGGUUUCCAAACUGCUGUUUCAAACCAUCACCUCAUGGACACCUUACCUCACACACUUGAAGUAGGGGCUCUCCAAAGUUUGUUAGAUGGGUCCUCUGAGGAACCGCCAGAAUUGCUAGCUCUUCUUCCUUUCUCUGAGUAAUGACUCUUUACUAAAGGACCUUUACAAGCAAGAUCUCUACUGGGGAAAAAAAAAGAACUGAUCCAAUUUACCAUAUAAUGGGCACCUCGAACGAAGAAAUGGUCUCCACGGAACAAAACCUGAACCCACUCUGCUUUGAAUGUGGCCAGCAGCAUUGGACAAGAGAGAACCACUUGUACAAUUAUCAAAAUGAGGUGGACGAUGAUUUGGUUUGCCAUAUUUGCCUUCAACCCUUGCUACAGCCAUUAGACACGCCUUGUGGUCACACAUUCUGCUAUAAGUGCCUACGAAACUUUUUGCAAGAGAAGGACUUCUGUCCCUUAGACCGCAAAAGGCUGCAUUUUAAACUGUGCAAAAAAUCUAGCAUCCUUGUUCACAAACUGCUUGACAAGCUCUUGGUGCUGUGUCCCUUUUCUUCAGUAUGCGAAGAGGUAAUGCAGAGAUGUGAUCUGGAAGCACACCUGAAAAACAGAACAGCAGCUUUCAUGCAGAAAAGAUGGUGGGAAAACUUCCAGAAAUGCAAAAUCCUUGACCUAAAUGUAGUCAUGCUGAUUAUUGCAGGAACAGACAGAGAAACUGGGAAAUGGGAGCCAAAAAGGGUGAAUAACUUUGACAUCAGUAACGUGUCUCACAACCAUGCCAGGGCCAUCCUUUCCCAGCCCUGUACAUCACUGCAUCUCACUGUCCUCCGAGAGAGACGAUUCGUAAGCCGAACACACAAUCAUAGUGAUAGCCCUCCCCAGAGAGAGGAUAGCUUCCAUCUGACCUUACACAAGCGAGACUCCAGUGAACAGCUUGGCAUUAAGCUGGUGCGCAGAACAGAUGAGCCAGGAGUAUUUAUUCUUGACCUGCUGGAAGGGGGGUUGGCUGCUCAGGAUGGCCGGCUCUGUAGCAACGACAAGGUGUUGGCUAUCAAUGGGCAUGACCUGAAGCACGGCACACCUGAACUGGCUGCUCAUAUUAUCCAGGCCAGUGGCGAGAGGGUGAACUUAACCAUUUCCAGGCCUACCAAGUCCCAAAUUGUAAGCAUUCUGAGAGAUGGAGGAACCCAUCUUACCAGUCAUCUUCAAUCCUAUCAGCUAUAUCACAGCAACAGGCCAAGCCCACAUAAGGACCUCUCACAAUGUGUGACCUGCCAAGAGAAGCAUAUCACAGUGAAGAAGGAGCCACACGAGUCCCUUGGCAUGACAGUAGCAGGAGGUCGAGGCAGCAAAAGUGGGGAAUUGCCAAUAUUUGUUACAAGUGUACAACCUCAUGGCUGUUUGGCAAGAGAUGGCAGGAUCAAAAGAGGUGACGUGUUGAUGAAUAUUAAUGGCAUUGAUCUGACCAAUCUGAGUCACAGCGAAGCUGUGGCUAUGCUCAAAGCCAGUGCUGCUUCCUCGGUCGUUGCUCUAAAGGCUCUAGAGGUCCAGAUUGCAGAAGAGCAGCCCCAGGCAAAUGAUGAGCAGCCGAGCACCAUCAGUGAGAAUGAAUAUGAUGCUAGCUGGUCGCCAUCUUGGGUCAUGUGGUUAGGACUUCCAAGCUGCCUACAUAGUUACCAUGACGUUGUGCUGAGAAGGAGCAAUCUAGCCAGCUGGGGAUUUAGCAUUGUUGGUGGCUACGAGGAAAAUCACACAAACCAGCAUUUCUUCAUUAAAACAAUUGUUAUAGGAACACCAGCAUAUUUUGAUGGAAGACUCAAAUGUGGUGAUAUGAUUGUUGCUGUCAAUGGACUUUCAACCAUGGGUAUGAGCCAUUCAGCGCUGGUUCCUAUGUUAAAGGAACAGAGAAAUAAAGUAACCUUGACUGUUAUCUGCUGGCCAGGAAGUCUUGUAUAACAUGCAAAGAACAUAUACAUUGGUUGAAGCAGCUUUUUUUUUUAAUAGCUGGCUCAACUUUUUCAGGCAAAGCUGUGUUUUUUCCCCUUUUCUACUAAUGCAGCUGGUAAUAAGCUGGGCCAAAAAAUUGCUACCUUCAAAUCUGACAAAUGUGUCUGAAGAGCGGGGUGCGUGGGGAAGGAAGAUUUUUAACUGUACUGUGGUGUUCUUCUCAUCCUAAAGAAGCCAUUCCUAUCAAGUUUUCUUUAUUAUUAUUUUAUUUCCCAUCAUUAUGUCAUUGCAGUAUCCAUGUUCAUAUACUUCAGUUUCUUGGUUGGCUUAAGGAGAUCAGCCUAUUCCAACUAUUGUAGUGAGAACAGGAUUGCACCUAGUUUGGGUGCCAACAUGCUGGCAUGUUAGCUACCUGCUAGGCUGAUCUCCGCAUUGUUAAAUACAGGUGCAAAUGUAUAACCUGAAGACAGCAGGUUAACAACAAGGGACAUGUAAGGCCUUCUACAUAAGUGAUGGUUAUUCUGUAAGGUGUUUCCUAUUGCUCACGGAAGGCACACCUGGAACCCUCCGUUUCAAUUGUUAAAAUGUGUUGCUGCGUUAACAUUUAGUAGAUUAACUUCGACAUAUUUUUUCCUACAUUUCAGUAUUCUUCUGUUUACAUGAGCCUGAGCCAUUGUUUCUGCUAUGACUGCCACAUAGAAGCUGCAGGAAGUAACUCCAUGUAGCACAUGCUCCAUAUAAUAGUCUUAACCCAUAAGAAGGCCCACUGUCCCAAGGUUACAAUUGGUUUUCUAUCAUCACAUGCAUUGGAUGGCAGGGAGUGGUGGAAAGAAAGAAAAUGGUUGUCAGCCUUUGUCCGAAAAAAGUAUUUAUGGCAUCAUAAUUAUAAUAUACCAAUUUGUCCCUGGCUACAUGUAAUCAGCAAGCCCAUGUUUCAUGUGAAGCAUGACAGCAGCUUGUAAGAACCUCUGGUAGCAUAAAUAGUUGCCCCAAGGCUGAAACUGCAUCAGUAUUAUUAUCUAAGGCAUGCACUGAUGCAUGAUCAACCUAUGAAAGCAGAAUUGGAUGCAGAGCAGUGCUUUGCUUAUAGGCAGGUAUCUUUUGUGACAAUUCCAAAUCCUGUAAUCUGAAUAAAUUAUGAGAACUUGCCAUUAUGUCUGCAUUUUCUGUUUUGCAUAAUUUAUUCCUCCAUUAAGUCUUCAUUGUGUAUUUUGCAUUAUCAUUGGACAAGGCAUGGGGUACAAUGGAGCUUCUUGCCACAGGAAGCUUGGCUCACCCAUUCACUGACUUUCAAGAUUCAUAAAAUAAUAGGGCAGGAAGGGACCUUGGUCUUCUAGGCUAACUAUAAUGAAUAACCAGCCAUUGUUCUAGAGAUGGAACCCUCACAACUCCAGAAUGCCACUGCUUAAUAGCUGUUAUCGUCAGGAUAUUCUUCCUAAUUUUAAAUGUGGAUCUCUCUUUGUGAAGCUUCCACCUUUUAGUUCUUGUCCUAUCUUCUGACACUAUGAAGAAUAAAUGUACAUCCUCUUCCCUAUGUUAGCCCUUCUGGCAUUGUAAAGUUUUAUGUCUCCCCUUAGCCGUAACUUCUUUAGGGUAAACAUCCCCUGUCCUUUUAAUUGUUCUUGAUGGGAUUUAAUUGCCAAACCCCUCAUCAUCUCUUGUUCUUCUCUGCCUUCUUUCCAAUUCCUGUACUGUGGCAGCCAAUCCCAGAUAUAUUAUUUUAGUUGUAAUCUGAGCAGGCCGGUGCAUGGUAGAAUUGUCAUUCCCCACAAUCUCAGGAUUAUACCUCUGUUAACGCAGCCUAAGGUGGCAUUGGCUUUUGGGGCAGUUGCAAUACAUUGUUGGCUCUUACUUAAGCUGUGAUCUACCAGGACACCCAGAUCCUUCUCGCCAAUACUACUUUCAAAACAAAUACCACCAGUAUUGUACUUGUGCAUCUGGUUUCUUUCCACCUUAAUUGCAGAACCUUACAUUUCUGACCAUUGAACUGAAUUUCAUUGAAAGGGCUCAAUAUGCAAAUCAAUCAAUAUCCUUUGAGCUGGUCUUCUAAUGUAUUACCAAUCUCUCCUCUCAGCUUUGUGUCAUCUGCAAAUCUGCUUAGCAUCCGUUCUAUAGCUUGCAUAAAUCAUUUAUAACAAUGCUGAAGAAUGCUGGGUCCAAUAUAGAAUUCUGAAGUAUCCGCUCCUCUUGAUCUACUAAAAAUCAUGAAUUGGUUACUAUUGUUCAACCAACAGAGAAUCCAUCUGCUAAUACGACCAGCCAUUCCAGAACAGUUUAUGUAAAAGAAAGCUAUGGUCAAUUUUAUUAGACUAGGCAGCAUAUUUCUUCAACCAUAAGGUCCAGAUUUUUUUUAAAGUGAAAGAUUGGAAUGAUAAGUGAAAGUGGAGGUACAAAGUAUACAAUGACUCUUCAUGAAGUGUACACAAUUGUUAGAGUAGAUACAAUAUAAAUUCUUUCAAAAGAGUGAUGCUUUAAUGAAAAUCUGCCACUUCUAUAUAUAACUUUAUUUGCCUAUUACAGUUCUUGGUCAUCUAGGCCCUGCCAGUUCUCUCUUUCACUAAGGAGAUUUUAGAUUUAAGAAAUCUAGCAAAUUAAGUUGUGUGUGAUUUAGUCCCUUUCAAAGGAGCAAAAAAUUAUGUGUGUCUCAAUAUUCCUAAUCCCUACAAAAUUUAUUUGAAUUUCUUUCCAUCCUGACUAUGUUCACUGAGUAGGACCAAAGCCUACUUAAAAAAAAAAAAAAGAACUGCAAUAAUUGGAUUGGUUUUUUUAAAUAUUUCAUGUGUAAAGGGGGUUGUACCCUUCAAUAAAAUGUAAUGUUGGUAUGAUAACAGUGCUGGCAACAGUAACAAAAAUUAAUUGGGGGUGACAUUAGUUUAAUCUGCAAUAUUAAUAUGCAUUGAUAAUUGCUGUCCAAAGUGAAUGUUUUGCUAUGUAACAAAAUGUUUUUCUAAAAACCAUUUUUACAUUUUAUACUGCAGCUAACUGUAGCUUUCUUGUGUGUCUUAUAUGCAAAAGCUGAGAAAUAAUUUAGAAAAGGGAAAAAACUAUUGCUAGGAGUGCUAUGUUAUAAUUUCAGGAAGUCUAAUGGGGAGAAGGAACCCAACACCCAUAACUGGGAGAAAGAAUGGUAUUUUCCCUCGUUAUUUUGUCUCCUGAUAAAAGCCCAGAUGCCUUUACCUAAAAUGCUGAAACAACCUACAUUGUUUAUGGAGUCGUUUCCUUAAUUAUUUAUCUUCUCUGAGCUGAGGACAGCUAGUUUGUUUUAUACACAGAUUCACACUUACAUUCUAAGACAAACUUUUAUCAGAGGUAGAUCACAGUUGGACAAUAUGGACAUCCUUUUGUAAAGCACUCAGCGUUGGCUUUCAAAUGAAUCCAGAUUUCCUCUGCAAAAGUUAUUUGGCCUACUUGAAAGUAGUCUAAUUCAUAAUGGUUAAGUACGUUUAGAAUGAUCUGUGUAUUAUAAUGCUAGUAUUACUUAUCUGAGAAUGUAUUUUACCCUUACAUCUAUCUAAUAUGGGCAUGCAUUUUUCCUGCCUCCCUUCACUCCCUUCACAUGUUUGAAAUAUUCUAAUAUGGAAUAAUAUGGCAUGUCUUUUUGAGUUCUUUGCUCUAAAGAAAGCGGUAAGACUUUGAUUUAAAAAAACAACAACCAACACAACGAAUAUUUUAUUUCUGUCCUGUGCAAUGCAAAAUCUUUUGCUUUCACAUUGUAGAUCCAUACAGUAUUACCGGGUUUAAUAAUAUCCAUCAAGGAUAGGGAUUUAUUCAGCCCAGUCAAAACUGCAGUGAAAAUUCCCAUUUGUACACAGACCAAAGUCCAAAGAACUUCCUGGGGUUGCAUAAGGACUAUUGUAUCUCCAUGAUUUUUUUUCUAACUGUCUCUGAUGCUAUAUUGCAUGUUGCUUUUGGAAUUCUCUGUUUCAAAAGCAGUUGAUGUGAUGCAUAAGGAGGAGGUACUACCUUGCAAAACUUUUCACGUUCUAGUUCUAGUUAUUGCUACUAUGUAUGUAGCCUGCCAUAUUUGCUGUAAUAAAAUGGUCCACCUUCGUAAAGAAUCCCAUUGUGGAAUCCCUUGAAGGUGGGGAUACAUUUUGGGACCCAGCAGCCACAGAAAUCAGGAUUAGGACGAGAGAAAUAUGGCUGUGGAUAAGAGGAUAUCACUGUAAAAAAGCGAGCUGGCAUGAUGAGGUCAGUGUUGUACCACCAUUAUGGACACAUUGAAGAUGAAAAGAUUGAGGGCUAAGCCUUAAUGUUUGUACAAUAAUAAGCAAGAACAAGUUAACUGUUUUCCCUUCCUUGAGUGAAUGAUGGGGUAUAACUUUUCAGUUUUAACUUUGUAAACAAAGCACUGCAUUUUAUUGCAAGUUACC